AUGGCUUCUCGUGGACGCCUAUUUCCAGUUUGCUGCACAGCCGAGAUACCCGCCGAAGUCAUGACACGCUUCAUCGAAGCCAACGAUGAAAACAACUUCUUCUUCGUCUUCGUUGACAGCCUCACAGAGGAAUACGACGAGCCAUCCGAAGCUCCCGUCACGAAUGCCAGUUCUCCAAACUCGCCCUUCAUAGGCAAGAGCACACAUGAGUGCUACGAACUUCUCCAGCAGCUGUUGGAAGACACCGGAUCGGAUAUCGACUAUGACUGCUUCGCCAUCAUGGACGAGAGAUCGAUCAGGGAUGAUACGCUGUUGCUUGCCGAGGGUCCUGAGGAGGAGGACGGUGAAGCACAAUCAGUCCGGGUACCAUUCGACGUGGCCAGCCUUGUCAUGUUGAAUUUCCGAGCUGGCAAUGCGACUGCGUCGGAGUACAGAGAAAGGGCCGAGCAGGAGGACGAUGGUGUGCUCAAGAUUGGGCCAUAUAGAAGGGGGUAG